CUGUAGACACACCAUAAAUGCUUGCAAAGAUGCAGACUGCAAAUAUUCUACCCAAUCGGUGCCCUCGAUCUCUUCUAGUUCCAAUGGGUGGUGCGAGCUCAAGCAGGUUGAUCUGCACAUUCCCAGUUCUGCAGAAUUCUUUUGAGCUCGGACGAGACUCUCAAGCGUUGAGAUUUUCUUCGGAUGUUUUGCAUAAGACCACCCUGUUGGGGUCUCGAAGAAGAAAGAGCUUGCAUGUAAACGCUGAAUACAGCAGGCAAGGCAAUUCGCCUGGCUAUGGACGCGCUCCCGCUGGUGAGAGGUACAGAGAUAGAGGUCAAUAUGACUAUCCUCCAUCACGAGAGGGCUCUGGACAAGGGCCACCUCCUACAGAGGAGAACUAUGGGGGCGGGAACGGUGGUGGAACAGGCAAUGGUGGAAACAAUGGAGGGGGCGGCAUGGACAACUUCACUAAAGCGUUGAUAGCAGGCGCUUUCAUCAUGGGCAUGGGCACCGGAGUGUGGUUUAACUCUGAAGCCACAUUUUACCCAAGCAACGUGGCAUCCACAGAAGUCAUUGACAGGCGCACGCCCAACAGCGAAGUCUGCAUGGCCAAUGGCUACAGCUCCAUGGUCUUUGAUGAGCGAGUCUUCGUGUCCUUCAAUCCGUUCAAUGUCUAUGUGACUCAGCCUGAGGUGAAGCCUGGCUGCGUUCUUCGCCGCGCCAACAUAGGGCUCUUGGAAAAGAAGAAGCUUGUCACUGAUCGCGAGGUGGGCGCAUGCACCAAAAACAUGAACACAUUUGGGUUUGUUGGAGACCUCAAUGGGUCACCAGAGGUGUCCUGCGUGUACCACAGCGAAGACGGAGAGAAUCAGUUUCUGAGAGACCCCAAGCGGUCAGUCAUGGGUGACGGCUUCCAGCCCCAUGAGCUGCUGGACAGCACAAAGAAGACACAGGCUCCAGCACAGAACUGAUCUGCAAACAGCAGUGACCUGAUGCAGUCCCCCAGGGCCUGUGCGCUGCCAGCACAGUGUACUAUAAGAGCUACAUAUGGUAUUUCAGUUGGAGAUGCUUGAUUCUUUUGACAAUUGACAUGUAGCUUGCCAAGCAGUGCUGGCUAUUGCGCCAUGCAUGCAUUUUGUAAGGGUCUAAUUGUAGUACACCCGUUUGCUUGGGAUCAUAACAACCUGUUGAACUUGUAUUGAAUGAUAGGUUCUGUAAUGUGGGAGUCUAUCGC